UUGUCUAUCCCUGUUUUUUCAGCCACGAUGCCCAGAAACCGGUAUCAGCUACUGCUCCGGUUUCUUCAUUUCAACAACAAUGCCACUGCUGUACCCCCUAAUGAGCCGGGACAUGACAGGCUACAUAAAUUGAGGCCCCUUAUUGAUAGCCUGUCACAGCGCUUUGGAGAAGUGUACACCCCCUCCAAAAAUAUUUGUAUAGAUGAAUCACUUCUCCUCUUCAAAGGGCGCAUAAAAUUCCGGCAGUACAUCCCAAGCAAACGUGCCCGCUAUGGGAUCAAAUUUUAUAAGCUCUGCGAAAGCAGCUCGGGGUACACCAGUUUUUUUAUGAUUUACGAGGGCAAGGACUCCCAAUUAGACCCCCCUGGUUGUCCCCUUGACCUGACUGUCAGUGGCAAAAUUGUAUGGGAGCUCAUCACUCUACUUCUGGGCCGAGGUUACCAGUUAUAUGUGGAUAACUUUUAUACAAGCAUCCUCUUAUUCAGAACCCUUUAUUGCUUGGACACCCUAGCCUGUGGCACUGUAAAUCGUAACCGAAAAGGUUUGCCCAGGGAUCUGAUAACCAAAAAAUUGAGUCGUGGAAAAAUUUAUGCCCUGCGAAAUGAUGAGCUCCUUGCCAUCCAAUACCGUGACACAAGAAAUGUAUUCAUGCUGACGACAAUCCACGACGCGUCAGUAAUUGCAGAACAGAGAGUUGGUAGGCCCCCGAAAAACAAACCUCUAUGUUGCAAAGAAUACAGUAAGAACAUGGGUGGUGUUGAUAGAACUGAUCAAGUCCAACAUUACUACAAUGCCACCCGGAAAACAAGGGCCUGGUACAAAAAAGUUGGUAUUUAUUUGAUUCAAGUGGCCCUUCGAAAUUCCUAUGUUGUGUAUAAAGCAGCAGUACCAGGCCCCAAAUUGUCAUAUUAUAAGUACCAGCUACAGAUAAUCCCUGCCCUGUUGUUUGGUGGUGUAGAGGAGGUAGUGCCCGAGAUGCCUGCUAGUGACAAUGUCGCCCGAUUGCUUGGGAAGCACUUUAUCGACACUCUUCCACCCACUCCUGGCAAGCAAUUUACACAAAAAGCUUGCAAAGUGUGCCGCAAAAGGGGUAUCAGGCGAGAUACACGGUACUAUUGCCCAAAGUGCCCUCGCAACCCUGGGUUAUGUUUCAAACCAUGUUUUGAAAUAUACCAUACGCAGCUACACUAUUGAAAUAUAAAUUGUUGUGUGCACUGAUUGGCUAUACUGUAUAACAAGAAUUGGUAUCCCCUUUGGAAAUUGUAUAUUGUAUGCAUUUGGUUUAUAUGUGUUCAGGGCAAUAGUAGAAUUUUUCUUUUGUUUUUAGUUUGGUGUUUUUUUCCCUGCUGCACUGGGAGGUGUAGUUAUUUGAGGUGUAGGUGAAGGACAAGGGCGCCUAAAAAUGUGUGGUGCGUGAUGACUCUUGAGAUAAUUUCAUCUUGCCUGCUGAUGAUUUCGUCUCUCUGAUGCCACAUAUGUUUCUUUACUGAUACCUCAUAAGCUCCCAUUUCAGUGCAGUUGCUAACGCUGUAUUUCUGAGCAACAUAUUAAAGUUUUACUAGUAUAUUAGGUUUCCCUAGAAUCUUGGUUAGUAGGGGCUUCAGCUUUUUUUGUAAAGUAAUCUUGGCACAUUCAGGGUUUGCAGUUCUGCAAAUAAAGUUAUGAUUUACUGGCAGAUGUAAACAG